UCUCUUCUCGAAAUCGGACAUGGAUUCUAGAACAGCAUUCCGCGGCGCUCUGCUACUGCUGGUGACACUGCUUCCUCUUUCGGCCAGUGCCUCAAGCAAGCUCUACAUCGUUUACAUGGGGGACAAGAAGCAUGAUGACCCGUCCGUGGUCACCGCGUCUCACCAUGACAUGCUAACCUCUGUUUUUGGGAGCAAGGAUGAAGCCUUGAGGUCAAUAGUUUACAGUUACAAGCAUGGAUUUUCUGGUUUUGCGGCGAUGCUCACCAAGUCUCAGGCUGAGACAAUCGCAAAAUUCCCUGAAGUCGUCACUGUGAAACCUAACACUUUUCACGAAACGCACACAACUCGGAGCUGGGACUUUCUCGGCCUUGACCAUAACCAACCAGGACAACAACCGGGACUUCUCAAAAAAGCAAAGUACGGUGAAGAUGUCAUCGUGGGUGUGAUCGAUACAGGCAUAUGGCCUGAAUCACGAAGCUUUGAUGACAACGGGUAUAGCCCUGUACCGGCACGCUGGAAAGGGAAAUGCCAAACUGGUGACGACUUCAACGCCACAAGCUGCAAUAGAAAGAUCAUCGGCGCACGCUGGUAUGGUCGUGGAAUCAGUGACGAGGUGCUAAAGAAAAACUACAAGUCGCCUAGGGACAUUGAAGGCCAUGGCACGCACGUCGCCUCGACCAUCGCUGGUGGCGAAGUGCAGGGAGUGAGCUACGGAGGCCUAGGCAUGGGUGUGGCACGUGGUGGAGCGCCACGUGCACGACUAAGUAUCUACAAGGCAUGUUGGUUGGGCGGGGGUUGCCCGGUAGCAGCGGUCCUUGCGGCUAUCGAUGACGCCAUACAUGACGGUGUGGAUGUCUUGUCGCUCUCGCUUGGUGGGGCUGGUACCGAGUUUCCUGGGACACUCCAUGCUGUGCAAAGAGGGAUCUCCGUCGUGUUCGCCGGAGGGAAUGAUGGCCCUGUGCCACAGACGGUGGCUAAUGCGCUGCCGUGGGUUACGACGGUGGCCGCCAGCACGAUUGACCGGUCUUUUCCAACCUUGAUAUCGCUCGGAAACAAAGAAAAGCUGGUGGGGCAAUCUCUUCACAACAAUGCAUCUUUGAUCAGCGGCGACUUUAAAGGUCUUGUUUAUGCCGGGAGCUGUGACACGGAGUCAUCACUAGCAUUGAGCAACGUCACCGGCAAAAUUGUCUUGUGUUAUCAACCUAUGGCGGGGAGAAGCAUGCCGCCUCGACAAGCACUCCCCAUAGCCAUCAAACUCACCGCCAUGGCUGGCGCCAAGGGCCUCAUAUUUGCACAGUACACUACAAACCUCCCCGACAUCCUGACUUUGUGUAAGGGCGUUAUGCCCUGUGUAGUCGUUGAUUUUGAGAUCGCACAACGAAUUGCCUCCUAUUGGAGUUGGGACAAAGGAAAUGCGGUGGUGAAGGUGUCACCUGCCAUGACCGUUGUUGGAAAAGGGGUGUUGUCGCCGAGGGUCGCCUCAUUCUCAUCGAGAGGUCCAAGCAUGUUGUUUCCUAACAUACUCAAGCCAGACAUUGCUGCACCUGGCGUCGGCAUCUUGGCGGCAUGGGAUGGCUCCUACCAGUUCGGUUCGGGAACAUCCAUGGCGUGCCCACAUGUCUCUGCGGUGACCGCAUUGCUCAAGUCGGUUCACCCUGACUGGUCACCUGCCAUGAUCAAGUCUGCCAUUGUAACCACGGCAUCUGUGACUGAUCGUUUUGGCAUGCCAAUCCAAGCAGAAGCGGUCCCAAGGAAACUAGCCGACCCCUUCGACUUUGGUGGUGGACACAUUAACCCAGAUAGAGCAGUUGACCCUGGCUUGGUAUAUGACAUGGACGCAAGGGAAUACAACAAGUUUUUCAACUGCACUCUUGGAUAUUUAGACGGUUGUGAGUCCUACUACCUCAAUCUCAACCUCCCGUCAAUUGCCGUGCCAGACCUCAAGGACCAUGUCAUGCUUCGGCGCACUGUGACUAAUGUUGGGCCUACGGAAGCAACAUAUCAUUUACUCGUGGAAGCUCCAGCAGGGAUAGAUGUGUCCGUGGAACCAUCUGUGAUUAGUUUCACCAAAGGAAGCAGUAGAAGCGUGACCUUUAUGGUGACAUUCACAACAAGGCAGAGAGUGCAAGGGGGAUACACUUUCGGAAGCUUGACAUGGUCAAACGGAAGUACCCACUCAGUGAAAAUUCCUGUUGCUGUACGGACUGUGAUACAAGACUUCGUUGCGGAUACCGCUUAAACUCAUAUCUUGUUAUUGUACA